AUGCCUUUCCAACCUCCCAAGAUUCCUGCUUGCGAACGCUGCCGUAUCCGCAAGGUUAAAUGCGAUGGCAACCCACCCAAAUGCACUGGCUGCACAAGAAGCAACAGCGCAUGCAUCAUCGUCGAUGUCGGGACUCAGGAGAGGUUCUCUCGUGACAGUAUUCACCAGCUAGAGCGCAGACUGGAGCACCUGGAAUCAAUUACCCAUCAACUGCCGGGCGAAGCGACCAGAGACAACCCAACAACGCCAGGACUCUCAAGACAUGGAAGUUCUCAUUUCGUUGGUGACGGUAGUGGACUUGGACUUUUGAGGCAAAUCUCAAUGGACGCAAACACUGCAUCGCUGUCGCACGCGCGACUCCACGAAGGAAUCACUUCCACCCCAUACACCAUCGAGACUGUGGCCGCCCACAUGCUGCCUUCAUUGGAACUGGCAAACACGUUGGUCGAGCGUCAUUUCAACCACAUGCAUCUGCAUCACCCAUUGCUGGCUCGCUUCUUGGUCGAGGAGAUGUUGCAGCGAGUUUACGGCAAAAGUCUCCUCCCAGCUUCUAGCGAGGAUUACUACAGAUUGUUCAUGAUCUUCGCGAUUAGCUCCGUGACCAUGUUUCGCCGGGGAGAAAUCCAGGAGCAUCCAUAUGGCUAUUUCCGUGCAGCCCAACAAUAUGCGCCAGAAGUCAGCAUCAUAGGGUCCAUCAGCGCCAUCCAAAACCUCCUUCUUAUUGCCCGCUUUGCCAUGUACUAUCAUAUCGAUUGCUCUAUAUGGGACAUCGCACGGCUUUGUAUGAGACAAUGUGUGGAACUUGGCCUCCAUAGGCGGCCAGCAAGCUCUCUUCCCCCAGUGGAGGAACAGAUUCGGCGGAAUGUGUUCUGGGAUUGCUACAUCCACGACAGGUACAGCUCUGGUAUACUUGGACGACCUUUUGCCAUUGCAGAGGAUGACAUCGAAACUCUGCUCCCCAUAGAUGCUGAUGAGGAAGACUUGGUCAAUUCUACAGCGGCCUCGCUAGACGAGGUAGACAUGGACUCUUUCACAAAGCCCAACAAGGCAUCAGUGUUUCGGUUCGUUGUCGAACUCAGAAGAUUGACUACGCGAGUCUCCAAUGCCUUCUUCAGCUCUUCAGACCAACGCAGCAUGUCCCGCACAAUGGCCGAUGCUGGACGCGUCAAGUUGGACUUGGAUCGCUUCUUGGUUGAAAUGCAGCUAAUACGAGACGCGGCACCCGUAUUCUACGAUCCUAAAAGUCUUUACCAACGACCACAAUGGUAUGACUUUAUGGUUGAAAAGGAUAGAUUGACACUCAUCCGCGGAGCGUUGGCACGACUGCCCAAGGACAAUUUCCACCCACCUCGUUGGAUGCUUCGCACGUACUUACAGUCCGCAGUCAACGUCAUCGAACUCUACACCUCGAUGUUUGCAAAAGGGCAUAUCACCUGGACUCGCUCGUAUCUCCAGAUCCUGUUCACCACAGGUCUAGCCAUAAUAUAUUCCCUGUCGCUGCUCAGGCCAAAUGAAGCACGUCCGGGUUUUGAUACCGAGUCCGACUUCGGACGAGAGCUACGGGCAUUGAUGUCAGCAAGCGAGUUGAUGCAACGGUUUGUGAGCGAAAUGCCUGAUGCGGGACAAUUUGUUCAAGUGUUUGAUGUUCUCGUCAAGCAAUACACAGGCACGCGAGCCCGUCCGAGUCGCAACGCGACUCCGCCAAUUGCUGUCGAUAACACCGCGCCACAGGAGAGCAAUCUUCAUGUCGGCCAGGGACCGCGGGUCCACAAAGCUGCCGUCUUCGAUGUUGUUAAUGCUCCAGAAGAGCACGGUGUCGAUCUGACCAACAACAGCGCACUUCCGACGUAUGAAUGGGGCCAGACUUAUAGCCACAAUCAAGACUAUGGGAUAGAUUUUGACUUCGACCUCGAUGACCCCCAAAACUAUUUCUCAUUCACUGGCGAUAACAAUAAUCUUCUGGGGCAGAUGGCCGCCGGAGUUGGUGAAUACGCCUGGGCAAUCCCACCAAGUGAGGCUCUCUGGAGUGAUUACGGCAUGUUUCGAGGACAGUAA